GCCACACCUGCUUGCAUCGCUCGCAUCGCUCGCUCGCGUCUGCUUCACUUAUUUUCCAUGAUCACCGCUUCACCUCAAAAGCAACAGCAUCCACAGCGACAACGACGACAACCACCACUAGCACCACCACCACCACCAUGAUGCUUGUCUCCACCACCACCUCUGCGCACUCACCUGCUGUCUCUCCUUAUCGCCACCACCACCACCACCCACACGCUGGCCUCCAUCAGCCUGGGCCGUACAUGGCCAGCGCCGCGGCGCCGCCGUCACAACAGCACCAACACCAACACCACCAGCAACACCAACAACACCAGCAACACCAACAACAGCAGCAACACCACCAGCAACACCACCAACAACAGCAGCAACACCAACAAGCGCCGUACCAAGCACCUCGGUUCUCGGGCAUGACCGAGACGAGGCAAGGGCAGCUGCCGGGCGUCCACGCUCGCGUUAGCGAUGUAGCAGGUAACCGCGACGGUGCUGCACAGACAGAAGUGGAGGAGGGCGGGCUCCCAGCCAAGCGGCCCAAGUUUAUUCGACCGGGCCUUGCUUCGCAGCUGCCGUCCCCCGUGCAGUCUCCGGCUGCCUUUUCGCCCUCAUCAACGCGUGACUUGCAAGCGGCAUCAUCCUCACCCAAGCGGUGGUUCAGCCCGCGGCCCAUGUAUGACGCCAACGACUUUGCAGACGAGGUGCCAAUGAAGCGGGCAAAGUGCGAGGACGGCCUCGCAUUUGGCAGCCCGCUCAGCAGCCCCCGUCCCGCGUUCCCGUCCUCCUCCUCCUCGCACCAGCUGCUGCAGGGGCAGCGCAUGCAGCAAGAGGGUGAUGGCGACACUUCUGCAGAAGCAAUGGCGAUGCCAGCGACUGCUGCUGCCACGGGCACCGAAGACAACGGGGACGGCAAUGGUGAUGGCGGGGAAGAAGUGACGGAGAUUGACAUUCGCCCGCGACAGAUGAGCCAGCCGUGUUUGCGGUGGUAUGACACGCGUUCCCAGCGCCACCUGCCUGCGACCUACACUUCCUCGUAUGGGCCAGCGGUGCCACGUCCCUUUGUGCCACAGCACAUGCUGUACAACAUGAUGUCAGCCGGUUCUGACGAGCGGUUUGCGCUGGUGCCAUAUGUGCCACGCGACCAUGUGAUCCAGGCUGCGCUGCAGGCGCCGCAACGACAAGGGCAGCUGCAACAGCAGCAAGACGGUCCCUCCGACAUGAUGAUCACCAGCGUGGACGGCGAUGACGACGACGACGACACCACUGCUCGGGCCCAGCAGCAGCAACAGCAGAUGCGACAGCAACUGUUGUUUGGGCAGCUUGGGGACAGUAGGCAUAGCGGUUAUGGACCAGCACACGCCUCUCUGAGUGCAGUGCAGCAGCAGCACUACGCGGAUAGCGCCAGUGUCACCAGCAGCGAAGAUGAAUCCGACCCAUACAAGGAGCACAUUCUCAUUGACAAGACACGCAGCAUGUUUGGCUAGAGCCCUGUGUGUGUGUGUGUGUGUGUGUGUGUGUGUGUGUGUGUGUGUGUGUGUGUGUGUGUGCAUGCGCGUUUGAUGUAUGUUUGUGUGUGUGUGUGUGUGUUUGUGUGCAUAUACGCGCGCAUGAGCGCGCCAUCGCGCCAUUGUGCUUGUUUGUUUACUAUUCUAUUCGGAGGCUGAAGCCUUGAGAAGACGUGGUGCAUGCACUGUUGAGGGUGCAGAGGGGAAGGCUUGCUUGGAAUUUGCUACUUGAUGCCACAUGAUGUGACUUGACUGACUGAUUGAAAUGAACCCCCGAUUGAACGAACCAAGCCAAGGAUUGUGCACUUGGGUGUGCCGUCACUGUAAUGAAAUAGCUGCUUCCCAUCCA